GCAAUGUCUCAGGCUGUGCAGACGAAUGGAACUCAGCCAUUAAGCAAAACAUGGGAACUGAGUUUAUACGAAUUACAACGAACACCUCAGGAGGCAAUAACGGAUGGCUUGGAAAUUGUGGUUUCACCUCGAAGUCUUCACAGUGAACUAAUGUGCCCAAUAUGCUUGGAUAUGUUGAAGAACACCAUGACUACAAAGGAGUGUUUACACCGUUUCUGUGCAGACUGCAUUAUCACGGCCCUCAGAAGUGGCAAUAAAGAAUGUCCUACCUGUCGGAAAAAGCUAGUUUCUAAAAGAUCACUAAGGCCAGACCCAAACUUCGAUGCACUCAUCAGCAAAAUUUAUCCAAGUCGUGAUGAGUAUGAAGCUCAUCAAGAGAGAGUAUUAGCCAGGAUCAACAAGCACAACAAUCAGCAAGCACUCAGUCACAGCAUUGAGGAGGGGCUGAAAAUACAGGCCCUGAACAGAUUACAGCGAGGCAAGAAACAACAGAUUGAGAAUGGUAGUGGAGCAGAAGACAAUGGUGACAGUUCUCACUGUAGUAAUGCAUCCACACACAGCAAUCAGGAAGCAGGACCUAGUAACAAACGGACCAAAACAUCUGACGAUUCCGGGCUUGAGCUUGAUAAUAACAAUGCAACAGUGGCAAUUGACCCAGUAAUGGAUGGUGCUAGUGAAAUCGAGUUAGUAUUUAGGCCUCAUCCCACACUUAUGGAAAAAGAUGACAGUGCACAGACAAGAUACAUAAAGACUUCAGGUAAUGCCACUGUCGAUCAUUUAUCGAAGUACCUGGCUGUGAGGUUAGCUUUAGAAGAACUUCGAAGCAAAGGAGAAUCCAACCAGAUGAACCUUGAUACAGCCAGCGAGAAGCAGUAUACCAUUUACAUAGCAACCGCCAGCGGGCAGUUCACUGUAUUAAAUGGCUCUUUUUCUUUGGAAUUGGUCAGUGAGAAAUACUGGAAAGUGAACAAACCCAUGGAACUUUAUUAUGCACCCACAAAGGAGCACAAAUGAGCUUUUACUAAAACCAAUUCUAAGAAUGAACUUUUUUAUAGCCUAUUUCUUUAUUAUUAAAGAUGUAUCGUCAUUACUUUUAUGGACAGAAUCUUGGAUAUGUUGUUCAGUUUUCUUCCUGAGCCAGACUCGUUUACACUAUUAGAAUCUUUCCCCUUAAUUUAAGAUUUCCUUUUUGGAAGGGACUACAAUUGUUUAGUACUUUUCUUUCCUUUAAAAAAUAUAUCUAAGUUGUAUGUCUUCACAAAGUAUGGUUCCAUUUGGAGCACCCUUUGACCCAGGAAUUUUUCAUAGUUCAGUAUUCUUAAGAUUCAGUUGGCCAUCCUUUUCCCUCCCCUCAAGAGUUUAGGCCUUACAGAAUGUUAAUAAUAUGUAUUUUGACUUUUUUUCCUGGAGUCUUGUAUAUUUAUAGUUUUCUAUAUAAGCUGUAGUAUCUUCAUGAAGACCAAGGCUCAAAUUUACUGUGCUUAAAAAAAUUCUCAUAGGAUUAUUAUUUUCAUGGUAUUUUCUUCCAUAAUAUCUCAUUUUAACAAAAGGUUCUUUAUGAACUUAGUGUCCAUUGUCAUGCAAUGUUAUUUUUUUUUUUUUUUCCAUUUUUCCCCCGCUGUAAUUUUGGAAUUUAUGAUCCUGGGAAAGAGAAUCAAACAAAAUCUCAAGUUCUAUGAGAACUUGGUUCAUUUACAGAUUUCACUGAAGAAAGAAAUAUUAUAUUGGUCUUGUGUAGUCUUCAAGUGUAUAUUUGAAGAGGUCUUUCUUCGCAUUAGUUCUCCUGUCACUUCAGUUCUUCUAUUAUGUGUUUGAUGUUUUUUUCCUAUUAAAAUACCAGAGAUAUGGAGAUAUUUUGCACUUUAGCCUUGAUGAAAAGUACAAGAUAUGUUCAGAGCUUCCCUAAUUCUUUUUUUGUUAGCUACGUAAGUUAAGAAUAAUAUGGCACAUAGAACUAAUAGCAGGAAAAAAAAAGUUUGCUUCUGUUUGGAAAGUGUGUUAAGCAUUUCGUGUUGCCAUAUAUCAGUUUAUAAAAUUUGGUGCUCUGCUAAUUACACUCUAAAGAAGCAAGUUAGUGGAGCUCGAGCCCUGCCUUGGCAUGUAGUAAAAGAUAAUUCUGUAGGAAAAAUGUCAAGCCAGUUAGGUAAAAGUCAUUCUGCUCUUCUUAGUUUUAUACUGAGGGAUAGUGUUUGGCAUUUGGACCCAGAAGGCUUUAUGAUGACAGGUCAGAAAUAAGAUGGACUUGUGUGUUAUUUUUCAUCCCUGUCCUGAUUUCAGGUAUGUUUCCAAGUUUAUAUUACAGUAUUGCAUUGAGAAAUAAACCCUAAAGGGUUUUUGCCAUGGGGGGACUAGUCCUCUCGAACCAUUGUAACUAAAGCCUGUCUAUUCAUUAUAACUAUUUAUCUGUCAUUUUUGACAGAUUGGGGCCAGCUUGACGUUUUAAAUUCUUCAGUCCAAUAUGAAAAUUUAGAGGCUUAUUCAGGUUUUUACCAUUUUAUUAAAAAUACUUAAAAUCUGUUUUUACAGGUUUUUUUUUUGGUAAUCUGUGCCAUGAAAUUUGAAAACCACCAAAAACCAAGGGAAAUUUUGUAUUCAAUUCCUUUUCUGGUGUAAUAUUAAGUUGUAUAGAUUAUUGAUGCAUGUCCACUCAAUAUAACCCUGGUUUUGUGAUAUAACUGUUUAGAGUUUAUUGGUGACAUUAGAUUAGUAGUUGCAUUAAAUAACUAAAUUCCCAUUGUGAUUAUUGAAAUUUUGUCUUUAAGCAAAAAGUUAUUUGUGAAUAUAAGCUUUGUGCUUAGAGAAUGUAUGUAUCAGUCACUAUGGGAGGAUGUAAACUCUACAUCAUUAGUGAUUUCAUUGGACGUGUAAUCCUUUGCAAAAUAUAAGUAUUUGAGCAUCAA